CCAAGUCCGACGUACUUGGAGGGGUCUAGUGGUCCAGCGUCGACAUUCAAUGCAGCGAGGGGAGCCUUGUUUGCGAUGACGACGUUCUCACAGCACUGAACGAGUUGGUUGUAGCCGGAGCACCGUUGUGUUGGCGUCUCCGCGACUGCGAAUGCUGCAGUGGCAAGGAUGAAGAGAGAGCGCAUAAUCUUGACCAUUGUUGGGGGAAAGAACGACCCUAUUCACCAUACGGGUGGCGCCCGAACAACCAAGAAAUCUUAUCAUUUUGUGAUAGGCGGUCUCGAUGCCAAAGAAGAGACGUAGCGCAUAUGGACGCGCUGUCUAUGCAAUAUCGUUUUUGCGAAGCGGAUAAAAUCUUUCGCUGACGGGUACAUGAGGUGGUGGUGGUGGUGGUGGUGUUACCGGCGCCAGGUCCCAAUAAGGAACGGCCGGGUCCACAGCCCUGACAUGGCGAACCAUGCGCUAGCGUACCAUGACCGGGGGUUUGAAAAGAAGCUAAAAGUUGCUGCUUGUGGGCGUCCGGAAACAAUGUCGUGCCACUGGAGGUCGAGGACGAAUUAUGGCUGGCAACUUUUUACGCGGGUCUCUACGACGUCGCUCGUGUCUAUGUCGAUUCUCACGCAUUUUGUUUCUUUUAUUUCCAUGAAUAGUAAUUGCAUUUAUAACGGACCAGAUCAAGAAACAGGUGCGCCAAAGAUCCUGGGGCAUAUUGGUACAUUUACCUGCAACACUGUGGGCGAAACCUUCUAUGAGAUGGUUGCGGAGGUAAUGUAUGAUGCAAUGCUCGAAUGGUCUUCAGCACUGAAGACCAUUGGGGCAUUGCGUCAUACAUCCGGGUCAAGGGACGUCAACGUUUUUUCCCUUCCAAAACACCAACAAAUGGGCCAAACAUAACCUGAAAUUUUUCGUCCCGCUCAACACGGCUAUGCAAAAAUGAGUCC